AUGUCGGGAGGUGUGACAGUGACAGAGGUCAUCGUGCUGCCCUGUGAAAGCAGGAGGUGGGGACAUGGAGCGGGAGAGGAAAGAGGAGGCUUGGGUGAUAUCUGGACUGGAGGUGUGCCACAGCGUGGCAGCAUGCCAGCGGGGCCCACCAUUGCCCUCUUCUGUCUUUGCCUUGUUAAUCCAACCUGCCUUAAAUCCUUGAUGACAGGUGAGGAUAAAAUGCCAGUGACAGAACAGACCCAUCUGGAUGAGUUGCCUGUGGACAGCCCCAUGGGCAUGUGUGGGAAUUUUGCUGUCCUGGUGGAUCUUCACAUACUGCCACAAGGUUCAAACAAAGAUAACAGCUGGUUUUCUGAACAGAAGAAAGAGGAAGUCUGUUUACUGUUAAAAGAAACCAUUGAUUCAAGAGUUAAGGAGUACUUGGAAGUUCGUAAACAGCACAGGCCAUCAAAUACAGAAUUCACAAGAUCCAGUCCCUUGACCUUAAAAGGUUAUGGCUUUCAAAUCACAGCCUAUUUCCUCAAGAGAGGGAUACGCCUUCACUGUUUCGGGGGUUCACAGAGGACUGAGCUCCGUGUAUUUCCUGACAGAUUUGUGGUCUGUGUAAGUCAGCUCUCAUUCAGUCGUGAUCUUUUGGCAAGUCAGAAUGAAGAAUUGACGGAAGGAGCUCUCCACGGAGCGUCUGAUUAUUUUGCUGAGUGUGCAGAGAGUUCACUUCCUCCCAGUGCAAAGCGCAAGAGAAACGCUCGGAAAGAAAUUGCAAAAAGAACUGAAACAAAAGGCAGCGUUGUGAGCAAAUCAUGGAGCAGCAGGGACAUUGUGGGAACUUCUACUGACCCAGUGAUGGCGGAGAUAACGAGGAGGAGGGGUGACAGUUGGGCUUCAACCAGUCCCCCAUCAGAGUCCACAGGACAAGCAGAAGAUUACAUAAAGGCAGCCAAGAGCCACUGGGGGCUUCCUGUUCAAAAGCUGGAAAAUGUUCAUCAGACCCAGCCAGAAGACACUAGCAGCCAGCAAAAACCUCAUUUCGGGGAGUGGUUAGAGACAGGGCUUCUAGGCAGGAGCCCUGUCUGUAGCUGUGAGUCAGCAUCACCAGGUCCAAAACAAAGUCCACAAGGGGCCAGAACACAACAGAAACGCAGGAACCGGGGCUCUGCAGAAGACGUCGACCACCACAAGAGAGUUUCUCUUGGAAGUGAUCGAUUAGUCCCAAAAGAAAUAAUAGUGGAAAAAAGCACAGCUGUCAGGGUUUUGCCAACCUCAGAGCUGUCAGAUCCGGGGUUACUUUUGAAACAAGGUUUGGCAAAAACGGCAUCUAAUGAAGAGUUGCAUGUUUUGGAAAAUCUCUCCUCCGGACAUCUUACAAAAAAUCAGCCAGGGCAGGCACAGCAAAUCGGCUCAGCCACAAACACUGAAAGAUUAUUAUCUGCAAUCCGGAGCAGCCCAACCAAGAAAAGAAAGAAGUACGAAAGAGGCCACUAA